AUGCCGAACCACAGAGGCCAAGAUGAGGCCAUCAGCCCAGCCCCAAGAUCAUCCAAGUAUUCUCUCUGGCAGCGCACUCCAAAGUAUCAAACGCCCCCUCCACGCGCACCAUACCCUCCGUCGCAUCCCAACUUAUUCGGACCUUACCCAGCCACGUCCAAACCAGACCAAGGCGCCAUCCACAUCCACGCACCCACACAGCAGAACCCAGCCUACGCCUUCACAUUUGACCUCCAACCUCACGACGGACUGACUCGCGGCACCCACCUACAGCUCCAAUAUGCCCUCACAGCCGACGGCCACGGCAUCAACCUCUCCACUCAACCCCGUCCUUGGAAAAGCUUCAAGAUCCAAAACACCGGCGCCGCACACCCCUGCGACUUUGUCUACACCACAAACAUCAUCGACAACGUAGCCUUCAUCCUCAUCACGAUCUGCUACGCCGGCGACGCGCCCCCGCCACCGCACGACCAGAAGAUCUACUCCGAGGACCUCUACUUCCACGGCCUCGUCUGGGGCGAGGAUAAGGAGGGAACAGGCAACGCGCCAUUUCGCGCCGUGUACAUGGUGUACGACGGGAUCAUGAACAAUGUGAUUGCGGACGCGAUGAAGGAUGCGUAUGAUCUGGCGAGCCGGUUCUACGGCGUGGACGGGCAUCUGAUAUGGUGUGAGAAGCGCGGGGAUACGGGGUAUGACGAGGCGAUGGAGGCGGCGAGUGCGAAGGUGCUGGGGACGACGUUUGGACGGGCGGCGGUGCGGAUGGUGGAGAAGUUUGGGGCGAGGGCGGAGAUGAAGGGGUUGGGGGUGCGGUCGGUGAGGGUUGGGGUGGAGCGGAUGUGUCCGACGCCGGAUCGGUUUAUGAUUGUUACGUUGAUGGAGAAGGGCUCGAGUCGGGUGGAGAGGUUUCGGUGA